AUGUUUACUUAUUAUUGCUGCUAUCUGUCUAUCUAUUUAUCUGUCUACAUGUCUAUCUCUAUCUCUCUCUCCCUCUCUUUCUCUCUCUCUCUCUCUCUAUCUAUCUAUCUAUUUCUAUUUCUCCUCCUUCCUCUUUAUCUAUGUACUUAUCUAUUUGCUUCUUUUCCUCUCUCUAUAUCUAUCUACCUACUUAUCUAUCAAUCUGUUUCUCUCUCCCCCUCUCUCUUUAUUUACCUGUCUCUCUCUCCCCUUCUCUCUCUCUCUCUCUAUCUAUCUAUCUAUCUAUCUAUCUAUCUAUCUAUCUAUCUAUCUAUCUAUCUAUCUAUCUAUCUAUUUCUCUUUCUCCACCUCCCUUAUUAUCUAUCUAUGUACUUAUGUAUCUAUUUGUUUCUAUCUAUCUAUCUAUCUAUCUAUCUAUCUAUCUAUCUAUCUAUCUAUCUGUUUCUCUUUCUCCCCCUCCCUCUUUAUCUAUCUAUAUACUUAUCUAUCUAUCUAUCUAUCUAUAAAUAUAUAUAUAUAUUCUUAAGAAUAGAAAGAAAUGACUUUCUUUCAAUUUUUCCCUUCGAUUUUUUCCAUCUAUUUAUCUGUCUACCUACUAACAGCUAUAACCUCUCCCUUCUUUCUUUCUUUCUUUCUAUCUAUCUAUCUAUCUAUCUAUCUAUCUAUCUAUCUAUCUAUCUAUCUAUCUAUCUAUCUAUCACUGAAUGA